CGUAUACCGCAGCUGCUGAUCUCUUAGCACUUCCAGACAAGGUACGUCUUCUCGUGUCGAUAAUACGGCCGCACUGUCGGUAUGCCGUAUUGGAACCUCUUCAAGGUCAAGAGGCGCAAGGCCCCAUCGGCCGGUUCCGGUACAUCAGACAGUGCAAGCACGUCUCCCCAACAGCCUGAGUCGCCUCCCCAAGAGCACGAAGGUCGAGCGAGUGGGGAACUAUGGCGCAGCAGAGAUGUCCGUGAGCAUGAUACUGCGCAUCUGAAUUCUCAACUGAGCAAGCUCUCAACGGACUUGUCUCCCCCCAGGAACGCCAUGAGUCUCCCACGUUGCCGGCGCUCCAGUACGUCGGCUUCUUCUAACGAUUCAUCACUCUGGCUCCGGAUGUUUAAGAAUCGCUCCACCACACCACUCACCGUCAGAGAGCCUGCCAGUGCAGAGCUCUCAUCGUCUUCCAGGAUGGCCGGACGAGAGACGAGCAUGGCUCGGAAGUCCGAGUCUGCCUCAUCGUCUUCAGCAAGAAGCCCGGCUGACCAGCAGCCUGUCGAGCAUCGACCUGUCGCAUCAGUGCCAAAGCUUACGCGACAGAUCAGCCGCCGGCCUCAGACGGUGGAAGAGAACCCCGAGGCAGGUCCUUCACGGUCCAGAUCCUUCGACAGCCCACGCCGCCAUCCGUUCAACGCAGAGUAUCAAGGCGGCGAUAGGAACCUCUUCAACAUAGGUCUUGGCAUCGACUUUAAGACAGGGCAGGAGUUCCUGCAACGGAGCAGAGACUUGCGCUUUGCGGAUAGUAUCCCCCAAGCUAGCUCCCUGAAUUUCUACACCGAUGUCGAUGAAGGCUGGGACAUCAACACUGGCAUUGACGAUGAAGAUGAAGACUUGACAUCCAAAGGUAAGUCGACUGCUCGCCCUGCAGCUCCCAAGCUCAACACACACGUCGAUGAUGACUGGGGUUCGAUCCCCUACUUUGACGAGGAUGAUCAAUCUACGCACACAAACGACGGUAAGGGAAAAGGCAAGGCCAUCGAAUACUCCGAUGGCGAUCAGCAGCACGACACGCGCAGGCGUUCCACUGUAUUCGAUGACGAAGACUAUGGAGAUGACGAUAAUGACGAACACGCGUGUCCCGAGUCAGAAACGGGAUCCCUGGAUGAAUUCGCCAGUCAGUACCGCAAACAGAUCAUGCAAAAACGACGCCCCCGUCGACAGGCCUUCUCAGGCCAUGAAUCACUCAGAGCCGACACCCCACGCCUUCCAGACUGGUACGAGGAAGACUGGGGCGAUAGAGACCGGGGCGAAGACGAAAAAGGCGCCGUCUCACCACCCUCAGACGAUGAAUUCACGGGGGCUGCUGACCCAGAGCCCGGGCCGCCAUACGCGCCCUACUCGGAGCUCGGCCAGGAAUGUCUCGAGGUGAUCCGCAAGGGCCUCAGUCUUACCCCCGACUGCGAGCCGCGUCACGUAGAGGCCGUUCUGCUCAAGUCAUGGAUGCUUGUCAAGCACAUGUACAGCCAGACCCUGCCCGCCAGGAACCUGGACCCCUUCCACAAGGGCUACCUUGGUCGUGAGACGCGUGUCCGAAGCCCUAGAAACCGUGUGCACAACGAGAUGUUGGCCGAGCACAUUGACGAGAUAUACUGGGAGAGCCCGAUGCUCAGGAACCUUGUCCGAGAUGACAAUCCUCACGACGGACUGAAUGCGCUUCGCUCUAGCUUCAUUCAGGGCGAGCGGAUCCGCGGAUCUGAGAUCAUGCUUCGUCGUGUCAUCGAGUGCAAGCCCGACUUUAAAGAUAGUCAAAUGGCGCAUUGGAACCAGUAUGUGGCCAAGCGUCGGGCACGUCCCCAGUCUACACUCCGCAACGUCGUCGACGCUGAUGAUGCACAUGAGCCGGAAAAGGCGUUGAUGCCGAAGAGGGCUCCCAUGAAUCUUAACUCUGUGCAUGCACAGUUGCUCGCGGACAGAAAGUGGGCCACCCGAGCAUGUGAACAAGGUAGGUCUCCUGCUGGUGCGGCGCAAGAUGGACCUGGUGCCGAGCCAACAGAUGAAGCAGCUAGUAUCGACCCUGAUGUCCAGUCAUAGGUCGACCGAGAUGAGAAGAGUAGACGGAUGGUACUGAGGAGAGGAGACGGAUGGUAUUGACCCCGUUUCUGUCCCUUAGACCCUGUCCUUUGC